GAACUUUCAAACUUACAAUAGAAUUCACAGAAGAAUAUCCGAAUAAGCCACCUACUGUUAGAUUUGUCUCCAAAAUGUUUCAUCCAAAUGUGUAUGCAGAUGGUAGUAUAUGUCUGGAUAUCCUUCAGAAUCGUUGGAGUCCUACUUACGAUGUCUCCUCCAUCUUAACAUCCAUACAGUCUCUAUUGGAUGAGCCAAAUCCUAACAGUCCAGCAAACAGCCAGGCAGCUCAGCUAUACCAAGAGAAUAAGCGGGAAUAUGAAAAACGGGUUUCUGCAAUAGUAGAACAGAGCUGGCGUGACUGUUGACCCAGGAUGAUGCAAAUGAACACUCUGUUGAUGAGGAAAAUUAACAAAGUGUCAGUCAUCUUUUUCCUCCUAGCAUUUACUUUCAAAGCAGAAUAGCUGUUGUGCUGUUGCCACCCUCCCUUGCUGAAGCUUCUUCUCCUCGGACAUCAGAAAGCACCCACUUUGAAGUCAAGUGUUCUGUACUUGGGUUACUUGCAAAAGAGUUACUGAUGCUGAAUUCAUUUUCUGUGGUCCCUCUCCAGUCUUAGGGCAGUAUUGUGCAUUUCUGUAGUGUACACUAAGCUUUUAAUUGUAAUUGUGUUAUACACAGUGAUGCUUAUGUGUAGCUUGAUAAAAGGGAUGUUUAUAUACAUACACAUUUUUUUAACUGAUAUUAACUAAAGUGCUGAUGUGUCCAGGCUGGUCAUUUACCUCUACUAUUGGUUUAUACCCCACUGCAUUUGUAAGUACUGAGUGAAGAAAUAACCUCUUGUUUCCCCUUUUGUAUUGGUUUAUCAAUUCCUUACUCAUGAUAAAAAAAAAUACACCGAAACCCCAAAACCACAAGCAACCCCUAAAUUGAUUCCAGUUCAACUAUCUAGUAAGACUGUGGAAUGCUAAUUACUUCUGCACUUCACACAUGAGAUUUAUGUACAAAUAUACAUAAAUCACUACAAUUGUGGUACUUG